UCUAAGAAAAUACUGGUUUCCUCUGGUGUGACAUGGAUCAAGGGUAACUGUGGGCUUAAUGGCUACUACAGAGUGAACUAUGAUAUCGACUCCUGGCAGGUCAUCAUCUCACAACUCCACUUGGACCACAAGGUUUUCACAGAGAGGGAUAGAGCGGGGCUGCUGGAUGAUGGGUUCAUGUUGGCCCGGGCCGGUCUGUUGGACUACAGCGUUCCCUUGAACAUGUCCCUGUACCUUAUCAAAGAGGCAAGCUACCUCCCCUGGAACACAUUCAUUGACAACGUUAACUACCUCUGGGACAGGCUGGAGAGCCAGACUGUAUUUACGAAGCUAAAGGGAUUUAUGCUGCGGUUGCUAAGAAACCAGAUACAGGAAGUUUUCUGGGGGCAGCUAGAGGAGCCCUUACAGAUCUACCUUCGAAGCCUGGUAUUGGGACUUGCAGCCCGUCUUAACCACUCACCGACCAUUAACAAUGGAACACAGCUCUUUACUGCCUGGAAAAACAACAACAACAUUGUGCUAGAUGUUGACCUGAAGAGUACAGUUUAUAGGAUUGGUAUUUUAAAUGGAGACGAUUCGGACUGGGAGUUUGUAUGGCAAAAAUACCUGUCAGAAAAUGAUGACAACGAAAAAAACAAAUUUCUUGGAGCGCUGGUUAAGACCAAGGAUGCUAGGCUUUUAUUGAGGUUAUUGGAAUCGAGUCUCAAUAAAACAGAAGUUCGGCUCCAGGACACAGUCCAUGUGAUAUCAGCAGUGGCAAGCUCAUACACAGGUCAGAUCCUCAGCUGGCGAUUUGUCCAGAAGAACUGGGAUAUCCUCGUGAAAAGGUAUGGGGAUACCUCUUUCAUGAUGGCCAGCCUCAUCCAGUCCACAUGCAGCAACUUCGACUCCAAGUUUGAUUAUAAUGAUGUGCAAGAAUUUUUUUCAACGCGUUACGUGGCGUCAGGGGAGAGGGCGGUGCAACAGGUUCUAGAGAAAAUUCAUUCAAAUAUGGAAUGGAUUAACAAGUACAGGAGCACAGUUGUUGGCUGGUUGAACAUGAAGAAACAUUAGACUCUAUGCGAUACAUGCAGGCAUGUUCCAAAAUCACUUUUAGUGGCGGAAAAUUGUUAUUAUGUCACCUGCAUAGCAUUGCAGGCAUACAGGAAUCAUGUUGGCCAUCAUCCCACUUUCAUGUCCACUCUCUUAAGCAUUUGUAAUCCAGUCAUGACCUAACCUGUAAUUGUCACAAAGUUAAUUGGCCUUAUAUUUCGACACCCAGAUCGCACUAGAUUGCUCUGGAGUUAGGACCCUUUGAUUGUUAAAAUGAAUUAAACAAUGUUUUCUCAAAAUUUCUAUAAUGGAGAUAUCAAUCAAGGUAUUCUGUAUUAAAAAAAAAUGCACAAAAAUAAACAAAAUGCAUUAGAUAUAUUAAAUUUUGAUGCAGUAUAGCAAGGGAUUGGGUCUAAAAAUGUAUAAGUAGUCUGGCUUCUUUGGAACAUACUAGUGACAUGAUAGUUGGUCCAAUAUUCAUAACACUUCAUUAGAAUGUUUUCCUUUAUGAAAUGAAUGAAAAGUUUGAAACUGGCCCACUAGGUAAAAUAUUGAUUUGUCACACUUUGUUUAAACUGUAAUCAGAAAGUGGGUCAGAAACUAAUUUGUAAGGUUGAAUCUAAGAGAAAGAAAUAAACAAAGGCAACAUA